AUGAGUCCAAAAAUCAUUUCCUUGUCGUUAAAAAAACUGGAUCAUACAGAAGUUAAAUAUCACAAUAAUAAUAACGAUAGCAACUCAUGUUCUGCAUUUCGUGUGCCUAAAUGUACACGUUGUCGUAAUCAUGGAGUGAUUUCCUUAUUAAAAGGUCAUAAAAGACAUUGUCGUUGGAGAAAUUGUCAUUGUGCUGCUUGUCUACUUGUGGUUGAACGUCAACGUGUUAUGGCUGCACAAGUUGCUUUAAGAAGACAACAAACAUCUCAACAUUUAACUUGUUCAGAGAAUAUAAUAGAUACGAAUAAACAAAAAUAUGAUAUUGAACAUUUACAUGACUAUCAAAUUAACAAUCCGCUGAACAAAUUCAACUUUUCAAUUCCUUAUAAUAUCAAUAAUAAUAAUAAUCACAAUCAUAGUCAACCUUUUACAAUGUUGAGAAGUAGUGCAGUGAUUCCCAAUAAUGCAACAUCCAUAUUUAAUUCGAUCGAUAGUGCACCGGAAAUCUAUACAAAAUUAUCAAAUGUGAAUUAUUCAAAUAAAAAUCUUGAAAAUCAUGUUGAAUCCUACUACAAUGAAUUGGAUAAAACUUUUUCGACUGAGAAUAUAAUAGAUACGAAUAAACAAAAAUAUGAUAUUGAACAUUUACAUGACUAUCAAAUUAACAAUUCGCUGAACAAAUUCAACUUUUCAAUUCCUUAUAAUAUCAAUAAUAAUAAUAAUCACAAUCAUAGUCAACCUUUUACAAUGUUGAGAAGUAGUGCAAUGAUUCCUAAUAAUGCAACAUCCACAUUUAAUUCGAUCGAUAAUGCACCGGAAAUCUAUACAAAAUUACCAAAUGUGAAUUAUUCAAAUAAAAAUCAUGAAAAUCAUGUUGAAUUCUACUAUAAUGAGUUGGAUAAAACUUUUUCGACUGAAAAUUCUAAGUCAUCAUCAAUUGAUCACAUUCAUGCAACUCCUAUUCAAACAUCUCUCCUAAAUAAUUUCAAUUUUCAACAAGAUCAACAGACGCUUCAUUCAAAUAUGAUUUGUCAUAAUAAUAAUAAUAAUAGUGAAGAAAAUUUAUCCAAUCAUCAAAUAAAACAAUAUAAUUUAUUCAAGGAUUCAAUGGAUUCUUCGCAUUUCAAACAUGCCAAUACUGUUCAAUUACAAUUGUAUGAUUUAGUCAAUUGUUGUAGUAGAUUUCAAAACUCUGUAGCAAGUAAUAAUAAUAAUGUUCUUCAUGAGAAUGAUUCAAUGUUCAAGAUGAAACAGAAUAAACUGGAUAUAUAUACAGGACUGAAUGAUUUUCAUCAUUUGUCCAGCAUCACGAAUAAUGAUAUAUCGAUGACAACAACAUCAACAAACAAUGGUAUUCCUUUAACUACCAAUAAAUAUACUACUAUCAGUAAUCAACAAUUGUCAAAUAGUUUGUUAACAAACGAUCAACAUACCUUGUUAUAUUCUUCUUCAACAACAACAACACCGACAACUCUUAACAAUGAUGUUUGUGAAACUCAUAGAUUCAAUGUUCAAUCUAUGCAUAUUCCUACAACUUGCUUACUACAUAAACAAGAAACAAUUUAUCCAAUAAUAAAAUUUUCUGUAUUAAAUAUUCUUAACAGACGACAUUGAGAAACAAUAACUAUAUAUAUAUAUGCAUUCAAAUCACAGUUUAAACUUGAUGACAUCUUGUUCGAAUCAAUUAUGUUGUACAAAAUGUUAAUUUAUAUAUAUAUAUAAUGGUAAGGUGUAGGUAAGAAAAAAACAUCACAACUUGGGUUCCGAGUAAUGUUCAACGGCGUGUCACGCAGAAGUUAUAACUCGUCAAGAAGUGUAUCACAUCGGAAUGCAUAGCGCGAUCAGUGUUUUUUUGAAGACAUGUAAAACAAGACAGUCAGUAAUGUGUUUGUUUUGCAAAUGUGCAAGUUUGAAGAUUUGAUUGAUG